AUGGCUCCAGCCAUUCUCGACAAUCUCCGUGGCCGAGAUGACAAAGCGGUAGCUCAGGCUGUUGAGACUGAAGCUGCUCCUGAAAAGGAAUGGGGCGUCAUCGUUCAGGGGGCCAAGGAGGCUACCGACCUUGAGCACUCUCAAGGCAUCCUCGAGGCUGUUCGUGUACAGUGGAAAGGAGUUGCCUGGGCUUCAUUCCUUUCCCUCUCGAUAGCAAUGUACGGAUAUGACAAUGCUCUCAUCAACAACUUCUACGGUUAUCCAGCCUUUCAAAAAGCGUACGGCAUACCCGUCAAAGAUGGUUACCAGGUCCCCGCGAAAUGGCAAACUGGCCUAUCGCAAGGGAGUAUCUGUGGUAUCAUCCUCGGUGCUACGUUCAACGGCUUUCUCUCGUCAAGGUUCGGUUACAAGAGGGUUAUGCUGGCCGGUCUUGUUCUCAUGACCGGCUUCGUUGCUAUUCCGUUUAGCGCCCAAAACCUGGAAACGCUACUCGUUGGAGAGAUUUUCUGUGGUAUGGUCUGGGGAACAUUUGCGUCUAUUGGACCGGCAUACAGCUCAGAGUGUCUUCCGAUUUCGCUGCGUGGCUUCCUUACAAGCGGUGUCAACAUUAUGCAAAUCAUCGGCCAGCUUAUAGCAAUCGGCGUUCUUGAUGGCCUUGUCGGUUUAGACUCGCAGUGGUCCUACAGGAUUCCAUUCGCUAUUCAAUGGGUUUGGCCACUUCCGCUCUUCAUUGGAUGUCUCUUUGCUCCAGAGUCUCCUUGGUAUCUCGUUCGCAGAGGUCGCAUCCAGGAAGCUGAACACAGCAUUCGCCGCUUGAGUUCCAAGAGCGAUACAAAGAUCAAGGAACAUUUGGCCAUGAUCAUCCAUACCGUAAACUACGAAGAAGAAAUACGAACAGGGUCAUCCUAUAUUGACCUAUUCCGAGGCAGCAAUCUUCGUCGAACUGAGAUUUGCUGUAUGGCAUUCGCUGGUCAGGUCUUCAACGGUAUCUUUAUGAUGAAUCCAGGCACAUACUUUUGGGAACAAGCCGGUUUGUCCGCCAAAAACAGCUACAAGGUUUCCGUGGCUGCUACCGCUAUCGGACUGCUUGCAACUGCUAUUGGAUGUGUUCUUAUUGCCCAUCUGGGCCGUCGCAGUCUCUAUCUUUGGGGCAUGUUUUUCAUGACCAUAGUCAACAUCCUCAUUGGUAUCUUGGCAACAGUUCAUGCCAACGAGUCAACCAAAUGGGGACAAGUCGCUCUAACCAUCCUAUGGGUAUUCUGUUACGAUAUUUCAGUUGGCCCAGCAGCUUACGCAACAUCGAGUGAGGUCUCUGCCGUCAGUUUGCGGGUCCAGAGUGUUGCUGCUGCGAAGAUUGCACACCAACUUUUCGACAUCAUUGCAGCAGUUCUCGAACCGUAUAUGAUCAAUCCCACAGCUUGGGGGUGGGCUGGUAAGACAGCCUACUUCUGGGGCGGAACCUCAGUGCUUGUGACGGUGUGGGCGUUCUUCCGCUAUCCCGAAACAUUUAAGCGAUCGUACGAAGAGUUGGAUAUUUUGUUUGAGAGAGGAAUUUCUGCUCGCAACUUUCGCAAGUACGAGGUGGAUGCAUAUGACGUUGAGGGUGAACAAGUUCAUGAGAAGACCGGUUGA